AAAUGCUUUUUCCCAAAAUGAUUUUAUUUAAUAUAUUUUUUCUUCGAAACGAAAAAUCGGUGAAGUUUCUGCUAGCUCCGUAACAUACUGCUGAGCUUUGGCAAAUGUUGUGUACACAAAAUGGUUUUGUUGACGUGUGACUGCUUAAAUAUAAAGAUUAACGUCAAGUUCUCUGAAAACGAGUAUAAGCAGCUGCAGCAGCACAAUGACACUAACACAGAUGACUAUAUUCCGACUGGAUUCUUUCCAAAAGGAGAAGUGGAAGUAGAACUUGAUACAACUGGUAUCAAACAGGAGCAUGGUUACCUAGUUCAUCGACGAAAACAUGGGAACUACAUGGUGUUCCGCUGCCUUAACUGUGGCCUUGACAGCUAUGCUAUGCACAUCAACGGCUCCCCAAUCAUCACAAGUGCUCAACUCAAGAGUGAAAGCCUGGUGAUAGACAGACUGCAGCACUUGGACGACUAUUCAGAGGUUUUCAAAAUAGUGCUGGCCAACAAAGAUCUGCCCAUUACAAAAAUGCCAGAUCCCCAGUCAGUGAGCUAUGAGGCUGUGCAGUCGACUCUGAAUGUAAUCCAGCAACAGUUGUCUGACUUUGUGAUUCAGGAAGAGGCCGAUAUGGAGAAUAGAAUCAGGCAGCAUGAGGAGAGUCAACGGGAGGAGUUCCAGGAUCUGCAAACCAAACUCAAGGAGGAGAAAAAGCGUAUGAUCAGUCUACUUAUAAACAGUGCACAGUUUGAUACAGUGGAGGAGAAAUCUCCUAGAGAUUCAUCUAAAAGAUCAACUGAGGCAAGAAGGACGCCUGCGAAAAAGAAGACUGUAUCUCGAGUGAAAUCUCUGCCACCGACCCUAGAGCCGGAAAGUGAUACUAUGUUUGGGUUUGAUGGCCUUGAGAACACAGAUGAGACGUUCUACAGAGACUCGUCCAGCGAGAGUGACAGGGAUGGGGCAGACGAUGUCAUGGAGCAGCGUAUGUCUGUCCGACGCAAGCCUAAUCUGACGUACUCAUCAUCCGUGCCGAUCUCAAUGCCAGCAUGGAACAACCCCAGUCGACCCGACCCCUUGGAGGAAGAGGAAGAUCUUACUCCAUCUGACCCGAGCCAGAUUGCUGCCAGCAUGCAGGCUCUAGCACAGAGUAUCACAGAUGACCACAGGUACAUAUUUGGUGACCGACCCCGGCCUAGGCUGAACACCGGAGAUUUCAACCGCUGAACCCCCGUCAUGCGUGUGUGGAGACUAAAGCAAACAUCUGCUGGAUCUGUAUAUAAACAAUACAUUGCUGUCAACCAGUAUUUCCAAGCUACCAAUGUGAACCAGCGUACUGUUUGUGUUGGUGAUUGGUAUUUUUCAUUUUAUUUGAUGAAAAAAAUGAAGAAAAAAAGCAUUAAAAAGUCGGGUAAAAUUCCUGUAAAGGAACGAAAAAAAAAGAGUAUGAUGAUAGUGUAUAUAUUUCACCCAUGUGACAGUAUUUUGAUGUGUUGAUGACAGGACAGAGUAAGGCAUGAAAGUACAUGUUAUUAUCCUGCCAGUAAGAGCUGUUGUGAUUAACAAAUUGAAAUGUGAAAAUGAAAUGGUCGGCUAUGUUAAGACAAACCUUCAUGUGAAAAAUGAUAGAUGUAGAGAGAAAACAUGUCUGUAUUAACACCAUUUGUUUUCAGUCUAGUUUGAAAUUGAAAUAUGCAAAUAACUAUGUUGAUUUAAUGUUCAAUUAUUUGAUUUAAAUUUUAUUCCUAUUGAGAAUUUAGUCAAUUAGUGAAAUAAUGUGUAUUAAUUAUUAGAUAUGAUGAUGAUUUAUGCAGUAUGGCUAUAUCCCCCACUUAAACAUGGCAUGCUUAUGGUGCUUUAUCAAGUUUGUCCAUGAUAUCUGCAGUGGGAUUCCUUAAUUCCAAAUUAACCAGCAGUAACAAAAAAACCUUCAUAUUGUGUAUGUAGAAAUUGAAUGCCUUGAGGAAAGUAGGGAAUGCUAUGUUGGAGAGUGUGACCUCAAUAUCAUGGUUGUGUUUGAACAGCAUUAAGCAUAUCUAGGUUGUUUCUGCAAUUCCAUUGUUGGUAAUCUCUUUACAUUAUCAUUCUGUCUGUAAUCCAAUUUUACCGUAAACGUUUUUCAUGUUUUUCUAUUUUUUUCUUUUCUGAGCAAAAAUAAAAUUUGUGUCUACCAUUUUAAUGUUUGAAAGGGGACAUAUAUACAUAUGUACUGCAGUACCUGUAUGUAUUCUGUUGAUGAGGAUACCACUUUUAAAAAUGCUUUAAACAUGAUAAAUUCUAUUGAAUACCAGUCCUGAGAUUACUACGGGCUCGUUCCUUUGUUUUCAGUGUACAUGUUCUUUGUACCAACAUAAGUCUCAAAUAUUGACAUAAGUGCUUCCAUUUAAGGUAAGCCAUCCAUCAUUAGGAUGCAAAAAUGCUAAUGCAUUUUAGAUAAUUAUUAACAUCAAGAUAUAUGUCUGAUUUAUAUUUUAGAUUUUGAUAAUAGUUAUUGUGAGUUGAUUUCUUAAAAAAGAGGUAAUAAAACCAGAUUUUACCACGAUUAUAUAGCAAUUUUAUUUAUUUGUUUCUUGGAGAACAUAAUGCCUAUACAAAAAAGCUUUCUAUGAAAACAUUAAAAAUAUUCAGAACUUAACACCUUUUAACUUUACCAGAACCAUUUUUUUGUAUUUCUGAUGGGCGGAUUAUCUUAAAGUUUUUUUGUUUUAAUUUAUGAUCUUUUUAUGUUCUAACAUGAUGUUCUCUAAAAUGGACAUUUGAUAAGGAGGCGAUGUAAAGAUUUGUUUACAAUCAUAUUGAAUGUGUAGAGUAAUGCAGAUGACUGUUAAAAAGUUUAUGAUAAUCUAUGACAUGUACAUAUACACAAAUUUAAUGUUUUGUCCAUAUAGACAACUAGUCGGUUACCAUUAAGGCAUUGUUUAUGUCUUGCGGGUGUUGCAUUCUUUUUGAGUGUGUAUUAUUUUCUUUGAUAUCGAAGACACCAACCAAGCCUUUAUGUUGGAUAAUGGGAAAUAUGUUGGAUUAUACAUGUGAGUUGAAUUGAGAGAAAGUUGAACACAUACAUGUAGAAGAGUUGUAUUACCAUGAGAAAGUAUUCCAUGUAAUGUCAGUAGAAAGACGUUAAUGAUUCAAUAAAAUAAAAGAAGAA